CAUCCUUUCUUAUGGCUGCAUAGUAUUCCAUGGUGUAUAUGUGCCACAUUUUCUUUCCUUUCAUUUGGCUAACCUGAGAGUGAAUACCAUUUCCUCCUACUCUUUUAGGAGUGCAUCUCUUGCUUUUAAUGUAAACUAUACAUAAUUUGUGCUUUAAGAUUACCAUUAGUUCUGUGAAGAGCUUAAUUUUCCCAUGGAUUAAGUGCAGCUGGCUACCUCAUGAUAUAUCCUGAGCUUCACAUUUUCUAAACCCUGUCUCUUGGCCCUAAAUCUGCCCCCUUCCUUCCACCUCCCAAGUGCAAUUGGCAUCUUUGCUUGCGCUGCAGGAAUCUGACCUUGCCACGGGCUCUGGAUAAGCCUAUUAGAAUAGCCAGAGGUAGAGAGACCAGGAGUGGCUGCUGUUGUGUAAUCCCGUUCAAGUGUCAGUAUCUGUUGCCAAACACUGAAAGAGAUGCCAGUUCCAGCUGAUCACCACAGAAGCUUUCCCAGCACUUGUGGCUUGGGAGGCGGAGGAAGCAGGACAGCCUGAAACGAUGCAUGAGAGAUCCACCCCUGUAAGGUGAGGUGCUCCAGUAUGUUGGCUGUAUGCACAGGUGAGCCUUUUUAUAGAAAGCAAAACAUCUGGAGACAGUUUUACUUGCGUCUCUACAGAAAUUUCAUGUUAAAAUGAAAUUCAGAAAAAAAACCUCUGUCAGAAUAUGCAGUGCUUCUGGCCUAAGGCUUUUUAGAUUUGAGUUGAUCUUCCUCCCCCCACCCCCAGGAGUACAGUUUGUUUGCUGUUCUGGUGAAGUUAAACAGUAGUUGAACAGUUGACUUCAUUGGAAAAUGAUAGGAUUUUGAAAUGAGACUUGGUUUCUUGGGUCAGUGACCUGCUUAGAGAGAAGCAGCGGGUCUGCGCCUGGAUUUCGGAGUCACGGUGCUGCCGCAGCUCUGAGCAUUCCCACGUCACCAGAGAGCCUGUGGGGAAGGAGAGCAUGUCUGCUUUCAGGUUGUGGCCGGGCCUGCUGAUCGUGCUGGGUUCUCUCUGCCGUAGAGGUUCAUCCUGUGGCAUUUCAACGCACGUAGAAAUAGGACACAGAGCACUGGAGUUUCUUCAGCUUCAUAAAGGGCGUGUUAACUACAAAGAGCUGUUGCUAGAACACCAGGAUGCGUAUCAGGCUGGAACCGUGUUUCCUGACUGCUUUUACCCUGGCAUCUGCAAAGGAGGAAAAUUCCAUGAUGUGUCUGAGAGUACUCACUGGACUCCGUUUCUUAAUGCAAGCAUUCAUUAUAUCCGAGAGAACUAUCCUCUUCCCUGGGAGAAGGACACAGAGAAAUUGGUAGCUUUCUUGUUCGGAAUUACCUCUCACAUGGUGGCAGAUGUCAGCUGGCAUAGCCUGGGCAUUGAACAAGGAUUCCUUAGGACCAUGGGAGCUAUUGAUUUUCACGGCUCCUAUUCUGAGGCUCACUCGGCUGGUGAUUUUGGAGGAGAUGUGUUGAGCCAGUUUGAAUUUAAUUUUAAUUACCUUGCACGACGCUGGUACGUGCCAGUCAAAGACUUACUGGGAAUUUAUGAGAAACUCUAUGGUCAGAAAGUCAUCACCGAACGUGUAAUUGUUGACUGUUCACAUAUCCAGUUCUUAGAAAUGUACGGUGAGAUGCUAGCUGUUUCCAAGCUGUAUCCCAGUUACUCUACAAAGUCCCCGUUUUUGGUGGAACAAUUCCAAGAGUAUUUUCUUGGAGGACUGGAUGAUAUGGCGUUUUGGUCCACGAAUAUUUACAAUCUAACAAGCUUCAUGUUGGAGAAUGGGACCAGUGACUGCAGUCUACCUGAGAACCCUCUAUUCAUUGCAUGUGGCGGCCAGCAAAACCACACCCAAGGCUCGAAAAUGCAGAAAAAUGAUUUUCACAGGAAUUUCACUACAUCCCUAACUAAGAAUACUGAGAGGAAUAUAAACUAUACUGAAAGAGGAGUGUUCUUUAGUGUAGAUUCCUGGACCCCGGAUUCUGUGUCCUUUAUGUACAAGGCGUUGGAAAGGAACAUCAGGACCAUGUUCGCAGGUGACUCUGAGCUGUCACAGAAGCACGUCUCCAGCCCCUUGGCCUCUUACUACUUGUCGCUUCCUUAUGCAAGGCUUGGCUGGGCAAUGACCUCAGCUGACCUCAACCAGGAUGGGCACGGCGACCUCGUGGUGGGCGCACCAGGGUACAGCCGCCCCGGCCAUGUCCAUGUCGGGCGCGUGUACCUCCUCUACGGCAGUGGCCUGGGCCUGCCCCCCAUCGACCUGGACCUGGACCAGGAGGCGCACGGGAUCCUUGAAGGCUUCCAGCCCUCAGGUCGGUUUGGCUCGGCCUUGGCGGUGUUGGACUUUAACCAAGAUGGCGUGCCUGACCUGGCUGUGGGCGCUCCUUCCGUGGGCUCGGACCAGCUCACCUACAAAGGUGCCGUGUAUGUCUACUUUGGUUCCAAGCAAGGAAGAAUGUCUUCUGCCCCUAACAUCACCAUCUCUUGCCAGGACGUCUACUGUAACUUGGGCUGGACUCUGCUGGCUGCAGAUGUGAAUGGAGACAGUGAGCCUGAUCUGGUGAUUGGCUCCCCCUUUGCCCCAGGCAGAGGGAAGCAGAAGGGAAUGGUGGCUGCGUUUUAUUCCGGCCCCAGCCACAGUGACACAGAAAAACUGAACGUGGAGGCGGCUAACUGGACGGUAAGAGGCGAGGAAGACUUUGCCUGGUUGGGAUACUCCCUUCACAGCGUCACCGUGUACAACAGAACCUUGCUGCUGGUGGGGAGCCCCACCUGGAGGAAUGCCAGCAGGCUGGGCCAUUUGCUACGCAUCCGAGAUGAGAAAAAGAGCCUUGGGAGGGUGUAUGGCUACUUCCCACCAAACAACGAGAGCUCGUUUACCAUUUCUGGAGACAAGGCAAUGGGGAAACUGGGUACUUCCCUGUCCAGUGGCCGUGUGCUGAUGAACGGGACUCUGACGCAGGUGCUGCUGGUUGGGGCCCCGACACACGAUGACGUGUCUAAGAUGGCAUUCCUGACCAUGACCCUGCACCAGGGCGGAGCCACUCGGAUGUAUGCGCUCACACCCGACGCACAGCCCCCGCUGCUCAGUACCUUCAGUGGAGACCGCCGCUUCUCUCGAUUUGGUGGCGUUCUGCACUUGAGCGACCUGGAUAACGAUGGCUUAGAUGAAAUCAUCAUGGCAGCCCCCCUGAGGAUAGCAGAUGUAACCUCUGGACUGCUUGGGGGAGAAGAUGGCCGAGUUUAUGUAUAUAAUGGCAAAGAGACCACCCUUGGUGACGUGACAGGCAAAUGCAAAUCAUGGAUAACUCCAUGUCCAGAAGAAAAGGCCCAAUAUGUAUUGAUUUCUCCCGAAGCCAGCUCAAGAUUUGGGAGCUCUCUGAUCACCGUGAGGUCCAAGGCAAAGAACCAAGUUGUCAUUGCUGCUGGAAGGAGUUCUUUGGGAGCCCGACUCUCUGGGGCACUUCAUGUCUACAGCCUUGGCUCAGAUUGAAGAUUUCCCUGCACCUCUCCACUCUGCCCCCCUCUCUCAUGCUGAAUCACAUCCAUGGUGAGCAUUUUGGUGGACAGAGUGGCAUAUCCAGUGGAGCUAUGGUAGAUCCUGAUAGAAACACAAAGCAGCAGCCACACUCUCUGCAAAGAAAUCUGACACAAUUAUAUGGCUGCACCAGGAGUAUGUGAAAUAGCAGACACUCGGCUUAGUCAUAUCCAUUUCCAGUUUACUUCCUCGCUCCCUUUGCAUCUAAUCUAAACCUUUCUUCUUUCCUAACUUACUGCCUGUAAUGAGACCUGCUGUACAACCUCUUUCUUCUUCCUCUUGAAUGUCUUUCCAGUGCCUGGAAAGGUCCCUCUGUGGCUAUCUGUUGGAACGAUCUUUGUACACAAUUCCUCCUAAAAACAUCCUUCUUUAAGAAAGAAUUGUAAAAAAAUGAUCAUGCCCUUUGCAGGGACAUGGAUGGAGCUGUAGGCCAUUAUCCUUCAUAAACUGAUGCAGGAACGGAAAACCAAAUACUGCAUGUUCUCACUUGUAAGUGGGAGCCAUAUGAGAACACAUGGACACAUAGAGGGAGUCAGCACACACUGGGACCUGUGAAAGGGUGGAAGGUGGGAGGAGAGGAUCAGGAAAAAUAACAAAUGGGUACUUAGCACCAUGAAAUAAUCUGUGUACCAGACCCCCAUGACACACCUUUCUGUAUGUAAUAAACCUGCACUUCCUGCACAUGUACCCCCCAAACUUAAAAGGUGGAAAAAAAAUUGAAUUUAAAAAUAACAGAUUUGUGGCACCUUCUCAGUCAGUGUACUGGAAAGCAUAGUACACAGGAAAAAAACUGAGGGAGGAGAAAUAGUAAAGAGAAGAGCAUGGGGCUGAGGGAUGACCUCUCCUUCCAAAUCACGUGUGACCUGGUCUUUUUUAACUUUUAUUUUAGGUUCAGGGGCACAUGUGAAGGUUUAUCUUUGUUGCUGCUCCCCAUCCUGCCUCCCCCCUCAACUCGACCCCAGUGUCGUUUUCUUUGUGUUCGUUAAGUUCUUACAAGUUAGCUCCCACUAGUGAGAACAUGCUCUAUUUGGUUUUCUGUUCCCGUGUCCUGUGUUAAUUUUUCAACAAUGAUAAUCCCCUCUGCUUCUUUUUUUUUUUUUUUUUUUUUUUUGAGACAGAGUGUUGCUCUGUCGCCCAGGCUGCUGGAGUGCAGUGGCACAAUCACUGCAACCCCCACCUCCCAGGUUCAAGUGAUUCUUCUGCCUCAGCCUCCUGAGUAGCUGGGAUUACAGGAGCCCGCCACCACGCCCAACUAAUUUUUCUAUUUUUAGUAGAGAUGGGGUUUCACCAUGUUGGCCAGGCUAGUCUGAAACUCUUGACCUCAGGUGAUCCGCCUACCUCGACCUCCCACAGUGCUGUGAUUCUAGGCAUUAGCCACUGCACCCGGCCAAUAAUUCUUUCUUAAUGAGGAUUAAUACCUUUUCAAUGUUUAUGUAGCGAAGGACAAAUCUAAAAACUAAGACUUUAUCACCCUUCUGUACCCUCCAAUGUUUUUGUAGAGUUGGCUGUGCUAACACCAGCAGAGCCUAGUGACACUGCUAGUUUGAAGCCAUCUCACGGGAAGGUUUUGUCACAUUAGAUUACAAGUUGUGCCAAAAGAACCAGAGGAACAAGAUGUGGCCUGAGCCCCAGGCUAGUGUAAGGGAUGGAGGAGAAACCAGGCCUUGGACUCGCUUGUUCCUGGGCUGUUCAUAGGAUGGAUUUCUUUGCCAGUAGUACAGUGUGGCACACUUAAAGGGAAAGGAAUGUUAUCAUAGGGUGAAUUUCAGUUUCACUGGUAACAUUAGCAGGCCUUAUCUGUAAACAGUAACUAGUUUAUUUUGUGUUAAAGUGGGAAGAACCUCUUUGUUCUGCCACUGGUGAGAUUGAUACUAAAAGCAAGAGAAAAUAACAAAUGGAAGAGGCCUUCUCUUCUCCGCGUGUCUCAAGGCAGAGUAGAGAUUGGUGAAAAAGGGGACAGGAAGAGGAAUCCAGCUGAAGACUGGAGGGUUAACAAAAGCCUCAGCAGGCAUAUCCCUAGAGAGCGUUUCUGGGUCACUCCUGGGAUGACCUUAUUUUUCUUAGGUUACUAUGCAGCUAGCAAAUAUAACUAUGGCACAGCAAAAGCACAAGGAAGCACCGUUUGCUUUCAUUUCAGUGCAAUUAUUGGUAGCAAAACCUAUCUGAAGAAUUAAUUAAAAGGAGGUUAUUUUUAGGGGACCAGAAAUUACUUAGCUGUAUCCACUUACGAGUUGAGCAGUUUGGUAGAGCAGACUCUGAUGACAUCUGACACUUGAGUAAAGGUAUGUUUUUCUCAGUACUGGAUCCUUUCAUUAGACGGAGGCAUUUAUAUAAAGUGUCAGUGUUUUUAUGCGUCACUAAAUGAUAAGGCCUAUGUUUAAACAUCAUUAUUUACUUCACUCAUUAUUUCUCUUUCUCAGUCCUGAACACACCCAAUAGCAAGCACCAGGUAGAGACUAAGACCCACAAAAAUGGAAGCAUCCUUCAAGUUUAUAGGACAUUUAACCAUACUAACCCCACUGUCAAAAACAAUGUAAAUUAUACUGCUACUGUAAAAGGUCAACUUAUAUGGCAAAUAUGUAAAAAACCUGGCAUACUGGAACAAAUUAAUACUUGAUACUCUAAUACAUUAUCCUGAUAUGUAGAUUAACUUUUCAUUCCACUAAGUAUUAACUAUAGUUCUCAGCACUGAUUCUGCUUAAUAACCAAAAUGUAAAGACCUUACCUUGCAGGUUGUAAUUUCUCAUUAACAGAAAUCUGAACUUCUAUAACAGUUUAGCUAAAAUUUAUCUUUAUUUCAAGUCAUCAGAUGACAUUUACAUAUUUGCAUUUUCUAUCUAUCUGUCUGUGUAUAUGUAACGACUUUCUUCAAGGCUUCAAGAUCAAGAUUGUCUUAUGCCUUUGUUUCACGGACCUAAGAGACCCAAAUUAUUUGAAAAUGGGAUGGGGACCAAACUUGGGUCCCUGUAGCCCCUACUCUGCACAGCAUCCAUCAGACGACUUCUGUAGGUAUCACUAAAGUAAUGACAGUAAGUCCUAAAUCCAAAGUGCAAAUUUGAUAUUGCAAUUCCAAAAAAAUAAAGCUGUAUACAACUCUUGGAAUAACACACCAAAAUAAAUUGCUUUUU